UACAGCGGGAAGAGCGUCCCUGCGGUGGCUUGGCCUUCUCCUCUCUGAGAAGAGGAAGCCCCGGACCUCGGGAGCGGGAAGUGGUCCAGAAACUGCUCAGGUGUGGAUGUAGGUGGUUGAGCAACAGGCAGUCCUGCCUUCUUGAUUCCCCAUAAAGAUACAGUUCUCUGCAGUGCAUCUGAGAAGCAGCAGACAACCCAAUUUCUUGAGUCCCUGCCACCAUGAGGGAGACUUGGAUGGAGUUCCAGAUCCGAGCUUUGAUCUGACCCAGUCCCAGCCAUUGUGACCAUUUGGUGAUGAUAGCAUUUGAAGACCUGGCUGUGUUCUUUACUUGGGAGGAAUGGCAGAACAUGAACCAAGCUCAGAAAAUCCUGUACAGGGAUGUGAUGCUAGAGACCUACAGCAGCCUGUUCUCCCUGGGGUACUGCAUGACCAAACCUGACUUGAUCUUCAAGUUGGAGCAAGGAGCAGAGCCCUGGAUGGGGGAAGAAUGCCUACAUCAGAGCCUUCCAGUUGCCAUGAAACUGGAUGAACUGAUUAAGACCAACCAGAAAAGUCUGGAGGAAAAUCUGAAUCAGGAUGUUAUGAAAAAUAAUAAGACAUUAACUUCCAAGGGAGUUGAAUUCAGAAGAACACUUAAUUUAAGUAUAAGCCAUAUUCCAAAACUGAGUAUCAAAAAGAGAAACUAUUCAGGAAUAAAACCUGAAGAAUGUAGUAUAUGUCAGAAUGUGUAUCCCCAUUGUGGGCCUGAUCAGCUACAAGCUGGAGAGAAAUUUGAUGCUACUACGGUACCUGGGAACACUCUCCAGUUCUGUGAGCCUCUUAAUGAACAGCACAAAAUUCAGACCAUGGAGCAGGCACUUGAACAAAUUGGACAAGGGAAAGUCUUCAAAAGGAAGAAUAUAUUCCAUGAAUCUGAGAAGCUUUUUAUGGUAGAAACCUGUAAUAAGCCAACUGCCACUAUUGGCAAGACAACUCAAAUACUACAAGAUUUCCAUAAAAAGUCUAACCUCAGUAUACAUCAACAAAGUCCCAAAAGAGAGAACGUUUAUAAGUAUAUUGGGCCUGUGGAACCUGUCAUUUACCAAUCACAUGUUAGAAUGAAUCAUAGACCAAAUAUAGAGAAGAAAUCCUAUGCAUGUAAAACUUGUGGGAAGUCAUUCACUAAUAAAUUCUGCCAUCCCCUCCAUCACAGCACUCAUAUAGUGGAAAACCCUCAUGUGUGCAAUGAUUGUGGAGAAACCACUCACCAGAAGUCAGGUGUCAUUAGACAUCAGAGAAUUCACACAGGGUUGAAAUCUUAUAAAUGUAAUGACUGUGGGAAGUUCUUUGACCAGAAGAAACACCUCAUAAAUCAUCAGAGAAUUCACACAGGGGAGAAGCCUUAUGAAUGCAAUGACUGUGGAAAAACCUUUGGCCAGAAGUCAAACCUCAUAAAUCAUCAGAGAAGUCACAGAGGGGAUAAGCCUUAUGAAUGCAAUGACUGUGGAAAAGCCUUUGGCCGGAAGUCACACCUCAUAAAUCAUCAGAGAAUUCAUACAGGUGAUAAGCCUUAUGAAUGCAGUGACUGCGGAAAAGCCUUUGGCCAGAAGUCAUACCUCAGAAUGCAUCAGAGAAUUCACACAGGGGAGAAACCUUAUGAAUGCAGUGACUGUGGAAAAACCUUUGGCCGGAAGUCAAGCCUCAGAAAGCAUCAGAGAAUUCACACAGGGGAUAAGCCUUAUGAGUGCAAUGACUGUGGAAAAGCCUUUGGCCAGAAACCGCACCUCAUAAAUCAUCAGAGAAUUCACACAGGGGAUAAGCCUUAUGAAUGCAGUGACUGUGGAAAAGCCUUUGGCCACAAGUCACACCUCAGAAAGCAUCAGAGAAGUCACACAGGGGAUAAGCCUUAUGAAUGUGGUGACUGCGGAAAAACCUUUGGCCAGAAGUCAUACCUCGUAAAUCACCAGAGAAUUCACACAGGGGAGAAACCUUAUGAAUGCAAUGACUGUGGAAAUGCCUUUAGCCAGAAAUCAACACUCACAAAUCAUCAGAGAAGUCACACAGGGGAGAAACCUUAUGAAUGCAAUGACUGUGGAAAAACCUUUGGCCUGAAUUCAAACCUCAGAAAGCAUCAGAGAAUUCACACAGGGGAGAAACCUUAUGAAUGCAAUGACUGUGGAAAAGCCUUUGUCCAGAAGUCAAACCUCAGAACGCAUCAGAGAAGUCACACCAUGGAGAAAGCUUAUAAAUGAAAUGACUGUGGAAAAGCCUUUGGUCCCAUCCUUGCAUACCAAGGAUAAAUCCCACUUGGUCUGGGUGGAUGAUCUUUCUGAUGCAUUGUUAGAUUAAAUUGGCCAGAAUUUUGUUGCGGAUCUUUGCAUGUAUGUUCAUCAGGGAAAUUGGUCUAUAAUUACUUUCUCUGUUGUAGUUUUUUCAGGUUUAGGAAUGAAGGUGAUGCUGGCUUCAUAGAAAGAAUUUGGGAGAAUCACCUCUCUCUCAAUUGUUUUGAAUAACUUCAGAAGAAUUGAAGUUAGUUCUUCUUUAAAUGUCUGUCAGAAUUCAACAGUGAAGCCAUCCAAUCCUGGGAUUUUCUUUGUGGCAAGGGUCUUUAUUACUGAUAUCAUUUCCAUCUGGUUGUGGGUGUGUUUAGUUUUCCUAUAUCUGUGUUGCUCAAUUUACGUAGGUUUUAUGGAUGUCAGGAUGGUGGAAAGCCUUUUUGCUGUAAUUCAUAACUCAUAAGAUAUCAGAGAAUUCACACAGGGAAUUUUCUAUAUGACCUUUUUGUACAAGUUAUAUCUCAUGAAAUAUUAGAGAAUUCACCAAGGGGAGAAAUGCAUGAAUGUAAUAAAUGUGAAUAAGCCUUUGUGGUGCAAAUCAGACCUCAUCAAACAUAAAAGAAUUCUCAUGGGGAGAAAUUUUAUGAAUGUAAUGACUCAGAGCCUUUUACCAUAAUUCAGCCCUCACUGUACAUCAUCAAAUUCAUAUAGGGAAAAACCCCUUUGAAAGUAAAAUCCCUUUAAUUAGAAGCCAUACCUCAUAAGACAACAGGGAGUUCACAUGGGAGAGAAACAUUAUGGGUGUAAUGAGUGUUGGAAAGCUCCUUAUAUCAGAAUGCACAACAUAUAUAUCUAAUGAAUGAAAUACAUGUGAGAAAGCCAUUUCACAUAAGUAAUGCCUCAUAAUCCAUCAUGGAGUUUGAACAAG